ACACUGCUCAAUAGGGUUAUUUAUAUGUAGUAAAAAGUGACUUGCAUAGCUCACAGCCCUACUUUAUUAUAUAUGAAAUGAUACGUACUCUCAGUACUUAGUACGUUUUCGUAACCGGUCAGUGGCAACUGUUACCUUCUUUAUUCUCGCAUGUCUGUUCAGUUGGUGCUAUGAUAACUUGAUGAGGGCUCGUUUGUAGUGACGCGCUUUUACGACAUUGAACGACGGAUAUGUUAAAUUCAAUGCAUAGAGCCGUGGCAUGGGGCGGUUCAGUCUUGGUGUUAGCGACGCUGCUGCUAUGGGUAAUAUGGCGCGUGCGCAACCGGCGGUUGCUGGCGCUGGCGGCGCGAGUGCCCGGCCCUCCGGCGCUGCCGUUACUAGGCAACGCUUUGAUCUUCAUGGCUAAACCUAAUGAACAAUUAAAGUUGCUGGCAGACAUGUUAUCCAAAUACGGCGAGUACGUAAGAUUCUGGCUGGGGCCUGAGUUGAAUAUAGUUGUCUCAAAUCCGGAAGAUAUAAAGUUAAUUCUGACAAGUAACAAAGUAACCAAAAAAGGUCCUGUGUAUAACUUCAUGAAACCUAUGAUAGGCACUGGAAUAUUGACUGGAGGUGAACAUUGGCGUCACAGUCGAAAGACAGUCACGCCAUCAUACAACAAGAAAGCAGUGGCCGCCUUCGCGCGGGUUUUCAACGCAGAGGCGGCGGCACUAGCGCGGCGUUUAUGCGCGCGUGAUGCGAACACCUUCGAUGUUUUCCAUGAUGUUGUUAACGCCACUACGCAGUGUGUUUGCCAAACACUAAUGGGCCUCACAAAAAAAGAGUCAUUGAAUUUGGCGAAUCUUGAUUAUGUGGUUUCAAACACUCGCAGACUGUACAGUUUAUUUUUCUCUAAAAUGACGAAAUGGUGGCUACAGAUCCCCCUUAUUUAUUGGAUAAUAGGAGCACAGAAGAGUGAAGAUACAUUCAUUAAGGAAUUUCACGUUUUGACCAAAGACAUAGUGGAUAAAAGAAAAGCUUUAGCGAGGAUCGAGGGUAUAAAGGAAGAGGUUCGAGGAAUCGUUGACCGACUCAUUUUAAGCGGAGACUUCACCGAUCAAGAGAUAAGGAACCAGACUUUCGCUCUGUUCACCACUAGUCAAGAAGCCGGGGCAAAAAUAGUGUCUGCUGUUCUUAUGUACUUGGCACAUCUACCAGAGUGGCAGGAUAGAGUGUACAACGAGAUCCUAGAGCGUCUAGGCCCAGACGAUGAGUUCAUAACAGAUGAGCACAUCAAGUCACUGCAGUACCUGGAUAUGGUGUACAAGGAGGUACUGCGAUGUAUGUCCAUAGCGGCCAUGAUCCAGAGGACAGUGGAAGAGGAAAUCACUAUAAAUUCUGGGAAAAUCACAUUACCAGUUGGGACCUCCCUAGCGAUUCCCAUUCACAUGCUCCAUCGAAACCCGAAAUACUGGCCGGACCCGGACAAGGUGGACCCGGGAAGGUUCCUGCCGGAAAACGUGGCGAUGCGGGACCCUAACGCCUUCGUGCCUUACAGCCUGGGCCCAAUGGACUGUUUAGGUCGAGUAUACGCCAUCCAAAUGGUGAAGACGAUGGUAGUGUGCACACUACGGCACGUGCGGCUCGAAGCCGACGGCCGCCUCGAGGACCUGCCGCUAGAUGUCGCCAUCUCCGUGUCCUUCUCCGAUGGGUACAACCUCAGGGUAUCUCCGAGGAGGCAGAGGAAUAUGGAUAGGAACCUUGCUUAAGUUUAGAGUAACUUUCUCACCCUCUCAUUUUAUUUUAUUUUUUAUUUUUAUUAUAAACGACACACCAACAUAAACAUUCACUAAGUUAUCAAGCUGAUAAAAUCGUUUGUCCCUUUCCGACGUAUUAAUGUGAUGGAAAGGAACAAACGACAUUAUCAAGGUGAUAAGGCGUGUAUACAUAUCUUUGCGCGCCCCGGCCGCUCAGAUAUAUCUGAUGGAGAUUGUCUAUUUUGUGAUCCGGAUUGCAACGGCAUAAAGUCUAACAAUGGUCACUUGAGGAUAGCGCUGCUUAUCCGCCAACUUUGCAUUUGAUGUGCAGUUCCCAUACACGGUGUAACAUGAAAAAAAAAAAACAGAAAUAUUUGAACUACGAGUAAACAUUUCUGAGGGCAAAAUAAAAAUAAAAUGUUAAGUAUACGUCAAGCAAAUUUAGCAAAAAAUUUUUUUGUAUUUUCUUUACACAAAAAGUAAAUAUUAUUCGUAAAACUAGAAAAAAUUUAGCUUUUUUUUCUAAAAAAAUACUUAUUUUCUAUGAGUUACUAGUACUUACUAGUUACUUUUUAACGUCUAUCAACGAGGAUAGUAUAUUAUGUCCGAUAACGGCAUCAUCGCCAUCAAAAUAGCGUUUUCUUUUGAGAAAUAAUAAGUAAUUGUCAUUUUUUAAUGCUUAUAACUCUGAAAGUAGGCGAAAUCCAGAAAAGUUUAAAUAUAUGACAUUUUACUCUUCUAUUAUUAAGAGGAAUACGCUGUUAAAAUUAUUUGUUACACCGUGUAUAAGUUACAGUUGGGUUUCGUUGCCGUCUAUACCGGCUGUAAACAGGCAGGCUCAACAGCCUACAGUCCGAUAAAAAAUUAAAAAAAUAAUAGUUUAAAAGUGAGAACACUGUAUUGAAACGGGACAGUACUGUGGCCACUUUUUAAUUGCUUAGUCCAUAAGCCCAUGUAGUAGAUAGAUACUGUGGUGUAUUGUAUAGUAAUUAUGCAUAGUAUGUAAGAUGAAAUCAGGUACAUUAUGUUGCAUUUUUAUACUUUUGCAUAAUUUAUUUGUAAUAUAAAAAAUUUUGAGUUACAAAAUAAAUAGCAGUAGCUUGGCAGUAGGUAGGUAUUACUUUUAAACAAAAAUAGUACAGUACAGUACAGUACAGGUACAGAUUAUUGAUUAUUAAAUAAGUUUUUCUAUUAGUAUUUCAUUCUUAAUAAGCGCUGGUAGCCUAGCGGUAAGUACGUGCGACUUUCGUUACGGAGCUGAGGUCGCGGGUUCGAACCCCGGCUCGCACCAAUGAGUUUUUCGGAAUUUAUGUGCGAAAUGUCAUUUGAUAUU